GCCUUCCAGAGACUGUGGCAACAUCAACAUGUAGCUAGUCCACCUUCACUCUUGGAUGGUCUCCUGGGUCUGGGUGUCCUGGGAGGAGCUCUACUGGUGGGAGGAGUAGUGACUGCUGGAGCUGUGGCCUUCGUUGGCAUGGGCAUUGCUAAACUUAAAAAAUGAGACCAUUCGUUUCGUUUCGAUUUUCCAUGUUGUAUUCAUGUGUACAUCAACAUUGUGAGUGUCAUGGCAUUUUAACCCUUACGUACAUGUGUGUCCUCGUUUUGGUUGUAUGUCGCUACUUGGUCAGCAUGCAUUAGACUGUGAA